AUGCCGUUGAAGAUUUCUUUGGUGGGAGUUCCUCAGGAGUCAUCACAUAUAGUAGAGAUUAAUGAAAAUGCUGUUGUUGAUAUUUUGAUUAGUGAUUACGCUGUCGUUGAAGUUUUUGAAGUUGCUGUUGUCGAAAUUGUCGCUGUUGAAGUUGUUGCUGUUGUUGAAGUUGUUCUUGUUGAAGUUGUUGUUGUUGAUAUUGUUGUUGGCAUUGUUGUUGCUGUUGAAGUUGUUGUUGUCGAAAUUGUUGUCACUGUUGAAGUUUCUGUCGAAGUUGUUGAAAUUGUUGUUGUCGUCGAAGUUGUUGUGAAGGUUGUUGUAGUUGUGGAUUAG